AUGGCUGAUAAGAGAACACUGAUAGCUGUCAUUGGCGAUGAAGAUACCACAACUGGUUUGUUACUAGCUGGAAUAGGGCAAGUGAGUCCCUCUACAAAUGACAAGAACUUUCUAGUAUAUCAAGAGAAUAAGACUUCUGUUGAAGAGCUUGAAGAAAAAUUCGAUGAUUUCACCAUUAGAAGAAAUGACAUUGCCAUUUUAUUGAUUAAUCAACAUAUUGCUGAUAUGAUAAGGCUUAAAAUUGACAAUUUCGAGAACCCUUUUCCUGCUAUAUUGGAAAUACCAUCUAAAGAUCAUCCAUAUGAUCCAUCAAAGGAUUCUGUAUUAAAGAAAGUCAGAAAACUAUUUGGUGAAGCAUGA